CAUCGACAUGUAUUGGGCUUCGAGCUUCACGCAUCCAGGACCGCUUGGUGAUUAAUGCCUGUUAGUUUCUAGAUUGCGUGUCUCACUGUAUAAACCCCACAUAUGUAGCAAGUUCGGCUUAGAUAUGAGUUGGGUCACGCGCGCACGCUGCAGCUUUCAGUCGAUUGUCAGGCCAUAUCGUUAACCCCAUUCGGCCUGAUGGUAUUGGCCCAGUUGCCGGUAGCGAAGAUCUUCUGGCUUGGCGUGAGGCAAGCCGCGAGGCCCAUCUCAAAGGUAGCAACAUCAUUCGCGGAGCGCAGCGACGGCUUCCAGAGCUGUUGCGUUGCUGUGUCCAGGCUCGUGCCUUCCAACCGCGUCAGCGUGCCCAGGGAGGAGGCCGUACAGAGCGGGUGCGCAAUAUUGGGCGAGGCCGUGGUCUUCGGGGUGUCGGGAGCGGUGCUCGCAUACGAGUACGUCAAACAGAAGGAGGCCGAACGCGCCAAGGAAGAUACGCUGCAGCGCAAGGCGUCCGAGGAGAGGAUGGCGCUGCGUUGGGAGCUGCGGCGGCUGGAGGAGAGGCUGCAUCAGCAGGGCGAGGCUCUCGAAGCCCUUCGCAAAGUCGUGGACGGCAAAGCCACACCGUUGACCCGAUGAUGCCGCGAGGACUCGCGCUGAGCUCGAUUUAGAAGUGGCUGUCGAUUGCUGGUAUGCGAUAUCACAAUCUAGGAGGUCGCCAUUGCAACACUAGAAAAAGGGCUGUUCCACCCCACUUCAUCCAG